CACCGACUUCCGUACUAUUACCAGUGAGGCGUUUCUGGCUGCCACCGAGUGUCCGGUGUGAAACAUGGAGGAGAAGUCCGACUCUUGACCACAGCAAUGACAAAACACACACAUUCUCAUUUCGAGGACAGAAGAUUGCGAGGCAGUAUCAUUUAACGGACGCCUCAGACAACGCUGCCUCGACUUAUUUGGUAUUUUAUCUCGCUCCCUUGCUGGGCUGUCGGUGGGCAUGGCUCGGUCGUAGCGAAAGUCUCCUCUUCUUUAACCCGUGUUUUACUGCGUCAGUGGCCGUGAUGCGUUUCAACGAGAAGGAGCUGGUGUCUCUGAGCCGACAGCCCUCAGAGAUGGCAGCCGAGCUGGGGAUGCGAGGACCCAAGAAAGGAGACGUUGUAAAGAAGAGGCUGGUGAAACUCGUCGUGAACUUCCUCUUCUACUUUCGGACUGAUGAGGAAGAGCCAAUUGGAGCUUUGCUGCUGGAGCAGUGUCGGGUGGAAAGGGAGGACAGCCAGAGCUUCUCUAUUGCAUUUCUGGAUGAAGCAGAGAGAAAAUAUCUUUUUGAGUGUGACUCAGAAGAACAGUGUGGGGAGUGGGUCGACUCCAUCGUGAAGGCCAGUUACGAGUUCAUGAGGAAGAACCUGAUAUUCUAUCGAACUGAAAUCCACAGGCUAACUGGCAAGGAUCCCUUGGAGCAGUACGGUAUAUCAGAUGAAACUCGCUUCCAGGUCAACAAUGGACUGCAACUCACGCCUAGAGAUACCUGUUCCCUGUAAACCAUCAACCUGUCCAUAUGUACUUUAUUUUAAAUUUCAGUCUGCCCUUCCAUUCCAACUUGUACUACUCACUGGCUUGAAGAACAUGGUAUUACCAUAAGCUCAGAUGCUUUUUAGAUCUUCACUGCAAUGAAUGUUUUAAGUAGUGGCCUAGACUUACAGCAACGUCCUUAUGUGCAGAUGUUAUAGCAGAAUAUCUGAGGCCAUUUAAAGUAAUGAAGUGAUAAUGCUGAUUAUUUCUUUUAUAUCAAUCAUUACAGGUAGCGGGGCUGCAGAGAAUUUGACACUGUCUUAUCUAUGGUUUAUGGGAUUUUACAUGCAUAUUUUUGUAUCAUUUUUUGAAUUUUCCUUGGUUUAUUUGUUAGCUAUAAAAAAAAACAUAUUUUAUACUGUGUUUUCUACUAGACAUACUUUCAGAUAAUGUGAUUUUGAGUGUCUAAUUUUACAUGUGCUGUACAUUUCUUUCAGGAGUGUUCCGAUGAGCACCGCUGGGAUUUAAAAUAAUUGAACCAGACCUUUAGAAUAAUGUUAAUCAACCUAAUAUACGCUGUUUGAAGAAGCUUAUGAUUAUAAGAUACAGUGCCCAAUUGAGAAAACCUUCUGCAGUAUUGCCUGAGUAAUUUCAGCUGCAAGGGCCUUUGAUCUGCUGAGUUGAGCCAACCAUUUGACUAUUUUUUAUCAGAUAAAUGGUUUAGCUAUCCCUAAUUGUAUUUGUCUUCUAGCCUUUUUAGACUACCAGUAAUUAGUUAAAAAAACUAUACUUUUGCACAUAUUACUUUACUGGGUGUUGAGGGUUGUUUUAUAAUAAGAAUUUCAAAAAGUUACUUGAACCUACUGUACUUAUUCUUUGAAACUUUGAAUCAGAUUCCUUUAGAUAUGCUGUUGGGCCAGACUGCGUGAUUUUUCAACAUCACAACAACUUUGUCAUUGGAGCUACAUCAAAGUUUCAGCUAAUGAUGAGGUGACGUUUGUCUCUCGUCCAAAUGUAACUAUCUUACAACUUGUAUAAAAAAUUGUCAGAAGUCUACCCUUAAAGAGGAUAAUGUCAUUGAAUGUGUCUUUAUUUUAAACCUUUGUACAUUGAAUGUGUUAUGUCUAUUUGUACUUCCUUUUCAAUUCUUUUUGUUUCACUUGCACCUCUCUUUUUUUUUUAAACUAAUAAAUCCAUUUGAAAUAUA